AUGGCUCCAUCGAAACUUCGUACUCCCGCCGGUGUCGAUCAUGAUUAUAAUUUCCUCCAUGGAAUCGAGCGUUCUGUCGAACGUGCCGAGAAGCUUCUCGUUGAAGAGCGUGGUAUCGUGCAAGAGGAGGAAUUGCGGCCGAUGACAGUCCAAGAAGUCAAAUGGAAGCCUGGAAAAGACGGGCGCAAGCGCAAGGUUCUCGUCACACGAGUUUUGCGCGAAGCCAAAGGCAGAACCUUUGAACGGUUUCUGUCUGCGCGAUUGAGGAAGCUGAACAUCACUAUCGUGUGUGCGCCGCUGGGUAUGGCUAGGCAGAAGGAGAACCAUACUACACUCAAUCGGCGAACCAACAGAAUCAACUGGCAAGUUGAGUGGAUGGUGUUGGAGAAUCUUCCCGAUGCGGAGCCAAAGAAAGCCCGAAUAUUGUCGAAGGUUAUGGAUGAUGUGCCACUAUAUGAAGCAUACCAUACUUCACUAGAAGAACAGCAGAGGACGAAAGGGCAACAGGCUAAGAAGACCCCGCGAGCAGGUAUGGACGGACAAGUGCAGGACUUGGUGAACUACACAUGGUCCUCUGGGUCAUUUGCGCUCCAAGAUCCCUUUACAGGUGCUUGGGCGAAUCAUAACGACACAGAGCCAGGCUUGUGGCCAUCUGAGAAGAUAGAAGCCCAGAAGAAGCUGUUCCAAUUCUUUCUCGCAAAGUUCCGGACCCCUUCGGACAAGCCUUCUGUUGUCACUAAACUCGACCCCGAAGACUGCCUGCGAGAGGUACUGAGAAAUACGCGCGUGCUGGAAUUUCCCACAAUAUGGGUUCUUGACCAAGAUCAGAGCCUUCCUGAGACCUUCGCACUUGGACCCAAGGAUAAGGUCCCUCAAGAAAGUAAUAAGAGGAAAACCCCCCCUGGAAAGAAAGGACCAGCCAAACCGAGCAAAAGAAGAAAUAAGGGUCAGGACGUAGAAGAGGGUGAGAUCAGGAGUGACGGGGAGGGCAAUGAGUCAGACGAUGGCAUCAACACUGAAUUCAAGGGAGUGAGCCUUGAAGAAGGUGAUGUAAUUGCUGAACAGAGCCUUGGAGAAGAGGAUGAUGACGAUGAUGAGACGAGUAGCUCUGGAAGUGAUAGCGAGGAAGGUUGA